AUGUCGGCCGAUAACAGCACCUCCGCUUCCGAUCGGCCGCCAAGCUCACGUUUUGUGCCUUGCGGCUCCGGGAAACGUUGCCGGAUCCCUUCGACAGAACCAAACCCUCCUCCGAAGAUCCGUACGCUCGGGGACGAUCUCCUCGUCGAAAUUCUGAUUCGCCUACCGAACCCUAGAUACUCCUGCCGAUGCAAAGCCGUCUGCAAGGGAUGGAGGUCCCUCAUCUCCAGUCCCCGCUUCAACCGUAGUUUCAUUUCUCGCCACCGGAGCAGGAACCAACCAUCUUCUCUGCUUCUAACCUCAGACGACUCCCAAUCGAUCAUCAAUAGCUUUCUACCACGCAUGAGUUUUGUUGCCCAAAUCAGUUUCUCAGUUCUGGAUUCCUACAAGGACUUGGUUUUGUGCGGGUUUUACAGUUACAACAGUAGCGAUUGGUACAGAUUGUACUUCAUCUGCAAUCCGCUCACGGAGCAAUGGGCCGCACUUCCGUUGGCGCCUGAAUUGGCAGCUAAUUGUCUUCCAAUGUGUACAAGGUUAGUCUGUGAAUCCCGCAUUUCUAAUAAUCUCGAUCUAGGAGAUGACCAAGUCUUUGUUUAUUCUUCGGAGCAUCGGUUCCGCGUGGUGUCUGUGUACAGAGAAGACCGAUUCUCCUUGAAACUGAACGUGUUUUGUUCGGAGUCUCGGGAAUGGACGAAGGAAGCUCUUGUUAUCGAUGAUAGAUUUGCACGCUCGCCAAACAACAUGCUUUCUUGCAACGGGGAGUUGUUUUGGCUUGAUCUUGUCCAGGAUCCAGGUCCUAUCCCUUUGUUUAAGCCUGUAGUUUUUGCUUUCGAUCCUUUCCGUCCCGAUAUACCUCCCUCUGCCAUUGAUGCUCCAUCAGGCGGUGUGAAGCUGGACCUGCAUAUUUCGGUCUCACAAGGUGCUGUGCACGUAUUCUUACGGGAAAAGAAUCCUGACCUGGGUCUUUCACCAUUUGCCUUGACUGUUUGGAGGCUGGAAGAAGACCGCAAAACUUGGAGGAAACUAUGUGCAGGGUUGGUGAAGGGAUCAAGGUCACAUGAAAUGGAUUCUUGUGGUCCACCUACCCUCCAUCCAGGGAAGCCGGAAGUUGUCUUCUUCACUCGUCGCUGCAAUAUUUCCUUUCCUCCCCAAUUCACCUCCGUUAAGAUGAAGACGCACGAUGUGCUGUCCUGCAAUUUGAAGACGGGUGGAGAGCUGGAGUUGUUUGCUGAUGUUCACAAUUACCCAAGUUUUUGGAGACUUUUCCAGGCUGAGUUCUCCUGCUGGCCGACUUCAAUACCAAAGUACGAGGAAUUGCGAGUUGCAUAUGAUGGAAGCCACAGCUGCUGGGCUCAGAACGACAACACGCCAGUAACACCUCCCUGA